AUGAUGUCUAUUGCGAGCCAUCUUGUUGUUGUUGUUACCAUGUUGGUCGCAGCCGUUGCCGUCGCGGAAUCCGACAUGCUUCAAGAUGUUUGUGUUGCCGAUUUAUCCAAUGCGGUCAAAGUCAACGGGUACACUUGCAAGGCGUCAACACAAGUAACACCGGAAGACUUCUACUUCCAAGGCUUAGCCUCCGUCGCCGUCACCUCUAACUCCUCCACCGGCUCAGUCGUGACAGGAGCUAACGUAGAGAAGCUGCCAGGACUCAACACACUCGGCCUCUCCAUGUCCCGCAUCGACUACGCACCAAACGGCCUAAACCCACCACACAUGCACCCACGCGCCUCCGAGAUCAUCUUCGUCCUCGAGGGUCAGCUCUACGUCGGUUUCGUAACAACCGCCGGAAAACUCAUCGCCAGGUACUUGAACAAAGGAGACGUCUUCGUCUUCCCUAAAGGACUCCUCCAUUUCCAGAAGAACACUGCCAAAUCAGCUCCGGCCUCUGUCCUUGCCGCCUUCGAUAGCCAAUUGCCCGGAACACAAUCACUCGUCGCCUCUCUCUUCGGAGCUCUUCCCGACGACAUUCUCGGUAAGGCAUUCCAGAUCAAACCCAAACAGAUUAAGAAGAUCAAGUCCAGAUUCCCAGCCAAGAAAUGA